UAUGCACAGCUACUUUACGGAGUGUUGUCAAAAAUCAACUCCAAUUUUGGUAUAUAAAAGCAAAGUGCUAUUCCGAGUAUAAUCAAACCGUUUUCGACUCUUCCAGGGGAAGUUUCUUAGCAAAUACUCAGAACCGUCCAUAAAAUAAAAGAAUUCAGUGAAAAUGCGCGCCUUCAACGUUUGCUUAGUACUGGUGUUAUUCGUGGCGAUGCUGGUCGGCAUUAACGGUAAUCCCGUCGGCGAUAAUGCUGUGCUCACUUUAGAGACAGCCGAACAACCGUUAACCUUGUCCGAUGUCAACGACCAGCAAGGACAUGAGAACGAAGGCGAUCGCUUGGCGCGGGGCUACGGCGGCUACCGUGGUGGUUAUGGUGGAUACCGUGGCGGUUUUGGUGGAUAUCGUGGCGGUUAUGGUGGAUACCGCGGUGGAUUUGGUGGAUAUGGCGGUCGUCGUGGUGGUUAUUACGGUUAAAAUGACGAGAAAUAUACGAAAAACUAUAAUAUAUCUUUAAUUUAAAUUGUGAAAUUAAAACUAUUAUUUGCCAUACUACAAGAAUAAAAUUAACCGAAUUUUGCCAAUAA